AUGGUGUUCAUCGAGACGUUCCUGGGCAUGGCCCGGUAUCUAUCACCGCGAAACGACGACGACUGGUCCGAUCGGAUGCACUAUCUCUACACCCCGAAUAUUCUGCUCGCCUUCUCGAUUCUCGUCUCGUUCAAGCAGUUCGGCGGUCGCCCCAUCGAGUGCAUGUUCCCCAACAAAUUUCCCGGGUCUUGGGAGCAGUACGCCGAGAACUACUGCUGGUCCCAGGACACGUAUUUCGUCGAGCCCGACAAGCACGUCGAGCAGAUGACCCUAGAGGAACGGUCAUCGCACACGCGCCAGCUCUCCUACUACCAAUGGGUCCCAUUCUUCCUGCUGCUCCAAGCCGCGUUUUUUCGGGCCCCAAGUCUAAUGUGGAAAUACGUGUCUAACCAUUCGGGCAUCCGCAUCCACGAGGUCGUCGAAAAGGCGAUGGACACCGGGAAUGUUGACGAGACUGUACGAGAACAAAAUGUCGUAGUGCUGGAGAAACAUCUCAAAAAGGCACUUCGAUUCCAGCGGCGGAUGGAGAAGAAAAAUGUGGUAAUCCAUCGCACGUUCUCCUGCCUAAACUUCCAAUAUUCCUCGAGCUACAUCUCGGUCGUCUACAUGUUCACCAAGGUCAUCUACCUCGGCAACUGCCUGCUGCAGCUGUGGCUCAUGAAUUACUUCCUGAAAACGGAUCGGUAUGGAAUGUACGGUAUCGACGUGCUGUACGAUGUGAUUACGGGUGUACGGUGGGAGACAAGCGGAUAUUUCCCGAGGACAUCUGUCUGCGAUUUUACGGUGCGUCAAGUGGCCAACAUCCAAAAAUACUCUGUCCAAUGCGUGCUGGUGAUCAACAUUUUUACCGAGAAAAUCUUCAUCCUCCUCUGGUUCUGGUAUCUGCUCCUUCUGUCUGCCUCGCUAUUUACCGUGCUCUAUUGGGUGAUAUUGCUAUCGUUCCCCUGUUUCUCGCGAUGGUUCGUCGGCCAGCACCUUGAGCUGAGCAGCCUGGGAGGGUAUUCGGCGAGAACGAAAAAAUGCCGAGAUGAUCUCUACAAAUUUGUCCACGGCUACCUCCAUCGCGAUGGGGUCUUUGUCCUGAGAAUGGUAUCCUCGCACGCCGGUGUCAUCUUCACGACCGAUUUGGUGCUGGCCCUGUGGAAAGAAUUCUACGGAAUCGAACAGAAGAUGCUGGAAUCGGACCCGGAGAGCUCCGUCGACCCGGAAGAACAAAAUCAGAAAAAUCUGAAUUUAAGACAACGCCGGGGGCGCCGGGUCAAGACGUUGGUAGAUGAGGAAGGGCUGGCCGCCCACCUAAUCCCGGUGACCCCGGGCCACCAUGACGAUGAUGAAGACAGCGCCACGAGCACAGACUCGGAAAAGCGGGCCGAGCAAAGGACAAGAGCUCGAAUCCCGACGCCAGAACUGUUAGAACGCUUCGACUCUCCAAAAUCCCGCUCGCCAGUGGAGCAACGGUACGAAUUCGAGGAAAAUCUCGGAUUCCGUGACACUCCAGAUGACAAUACAGUACCCAAUUCCUCUCGCGACUACGAUUAUGACCAAUAUACGGAUAGGUAU